AUGGAUGUACCGAUGGCGCAUUGGGUGCUGGAAAGCCGAACGGGCAGGCCACACGAGCCUUACGCUAAUCGAACACCACUCGGUUGGGUCCUUUUUGGGCCGAUAAGGCCAAGGACGAAGAACUCAUAUCGGAAGCCAUAUUUUUCGACUUCUCAAAAGCAUUUGAUAGGGUCGCACACGUCUGCUGCUCCACAAACUCCAGUAUUACGCGAUUCAAGGAAUAAUCCUUCCCCAGAUCAAGGCGUUCUUAUCAGACAGAUCAUUCCUAGUGAGAAUAGACUCGACCGACUCCUCUUCAGCGCCAGUCUCCAUUGGAGUUACUCAAGGCUCCGUCUUGGGACCAAUCCUGUUUCCGAUUAA